AUGCAUGGGGAAUCCAUGAGAACAUUGUAUAUCAAGAACUUGAACAAAAAGUUGCCUAUCACCGAAGUAAAGAGGAGGUUGCAUUUGCUUGUUUCUGGCCACUUUAAAGCUUUGAAAGUGAAGAUGAGCAACAAGCCAAGCCUCCUUGGCCAAGCAUUUGUGCUUCUGGAUCAAGAUGUCACUGAAGCAGUUAUUGGAUGUUUAGACAAAAUGGUUUUUCUUGGAACGAUGAUUUCGGUGUGUGCAGCACGCUCUGACAUGUGCAUAGGCAGAAGAAUGGCCAGGAUAGCAACAAGCACGCUGCUUAUCACGAGCAUCCCAAGUUCCACUUCAAAGGAGGAUUUGGAUGCAAUAUUGCAUGGACUCAAAGGAUUUCAAUGCAUUAGAUUUAUUCGUGUGAAGAAUUUGGCAUUCGUAGACUUUGCCUCUGUUGAUGAUGCCUCAGAAGCAUACUCAAAGCUCAAUGACGAACUCAUCAGCUAUUUAAACGGCGCAAAGGUAUCUCCAUCUGCAUAA